AUAUCAGAGGAAAGCAAGCGGAGAAUGUCUGACGAAUCCACUGAAAAUCCGCCAAAUAACGUUCUUCCCCCCGAGGGAUAAUGAGCCUCUCCCCAGAAAGCUGGAAUUCAGUUUUUUGAUUCAGAACGCAGACUGGCUGUGUUUUAACACAGAGCCAAGGUAAUUAAAUGAAGAUGCAGUGCAGAGUGUUGUCAGAUGUCUAACCUGUACAGAAGCUGACAUCUGGGUUCAAAAACUAAAAGUAGCAUCACCAUAUUAAACUACUGAUGAUGUUGGGUCGGUUUUUGGUAAUUUGACUGGACUAAUGCUAUGAUUACUGACAUUCAUGAAAACAAAGAAAGCAUAAGUACAAGAAAAAAAACUCCCUUUUUAACAGGAAGAAAUCCAGCUCAUAAAUAAUAUAAUGAUAUUUUAAAAAAUAUAUAACACUGAUAUCAUGUUAGUAAUGCACAUUAUCACAAAAAAGUUAACACCAUUACACAGAGGCAAUGUGAAUACCAGCCAGCAGGGGGCGACUCCUCCGUUUGUAUAAAGAACUCGGACAAUAUAGAAGUCAAUAAGAAAAUAACCCCAUUUCUGACUUUAUUUGUUCCCACAACAACAUUUUCUUAAUGUAUUCAUGAUCUCAAUUAUUAGUUUCAAGGAUUUUUUUUAAUACAGCAUGAUGUUCAUUUUGUAAUUUAUGGUCCCAUACAGAGAAAAAUAGACCAUAAAGCAGGACAUGUUUUAGAUUGUUUUUGACAAUUUGAUAUCAUCUUGCCCUGUGUAUAGUCAUUGGAUUCUCAGUCAGAUCCACCGCUUGCUUCUCUGGUUUCAGUGCUUUGAUGCUUCAAAACUGUUUUCCUCAAACCAAUGGAUGACAUUUCUGUGGCUACAUCCAACAGUCUAUGAACUAGCUAGCUAUCUAACUGCUAUCAUAAUGUUUGGCUGCUGCAACACUCUACUCAAAUUCAAGAAAUUUUUAUUUUUUUGUCUUAAUUUCCAUAUCUCUCACAAUAAUGAUGUCAUUGUUACAGUGACAAACAUCAGGUACAUGUUGGACAAUUAAACUAAUAUACACAACACUUCGCUGUAAUCAUAUCAGACCCUACAGCUCAUAGUAUAAAGGUCAUGAAGGGAGAUUUAUGUGUUUUUAGUAAAAUUUGUUGUACAUUGGUAGAUUCUUAUGUUGUCACGGUGCCAGGAUUAGUUCAGGGGCAUUUAAUCCACGUGUUGUCCUUACCUAAAAUGUUGUUGCCUUGUCUGAAAAAAGUACAAACAUUCUGAAAAAAAAUUCUCCAAAUUUAAAAAAAAAAAGUUGAAAAAUCUUCAGGAAGAAAAUUCCUGAAAGGUUGCCCUCAAAAGUUUGUAUUCUUUAAAAUAAAAAAUCCCCAAAUUUGACAGCAAAAUUCAUUGGAUUUUGGUUGAUUUUUUUCUGAAUGUUCUUAAAAAAAAUAUUUUUUUUCCACCAAAAAAUUUUCAAAAAAUUUCCUAAAAAAUGUUGAAAAUGUCGAAGUUUUCACUGUGAAAAUAUUUUUUUUUUCCACAUUUUUAAAACUUUAAUUUGACCUCGUGACCCGCAGGACGACAGGAGGGUUAAGGUCUCAGGAGGAAAAGUUUGUUUUUAAUCUCUCAAAACUUCCAAUUUACUCCUGUGUUUGACCCAACAGAGUAAAGAGAGUGUAGCUACACAAUUCCACAAUUAACAUCAAGUACCAUUUUAACGUAUGGAUCACUGAGAGUAAAUGUCAUCCAGUGUGAAAUGAUGUGAUGCAGCUCAUGCUUGUGUGUUAUUAAAGCUGCAGGCAGCUUCAGCACCAUGGACAGAUCCUUCUUUCUUUCUUUCUUUCUUUCUUUCUUUCUUUCUUUCUUUCUUUCUGUUUACAGGGACCUUUUUCUGUUCACAGCUUACCUCUAGUGUUUAAAGGUUAUUUCAUUUUCAUAGUUCAUAUUUAAGACUGCAGCCUUACUCUAUACAGCCUGGUCAGAAAUAUUGGAUUCAUUUAAGUCAGGUGGAUGUGAAUUUAAAAUUGACUGUGAAUAAUUGUGUUUUGCUUCCUGUUGCAUCACUUCAGUUCUCUGGUUCCUGCAAAGACACCUUCACCUCCUAAUUUUCCACUUUGAUUUUAGCGUGAUUUUAAUGCAGUGCAGGGUUCUGAUUAUCAAAUAUUUCCGCGUCACAGACUCUAAAUUGAUCACAUUUAGCCCGAGGAGCUCUUAACAAUAUAAGAGGAGAAUCAGCUCAGAUUAACUCACUUCAUUUUGAUAUUGUAUCCUCUUCAAGGAGGAAUUCGAGGCAAAGGCACACAUCAUUUACUCGCAAUAAUAAUCUAAUAGUUUCAUAAUGUGAGGAGAAAGUUGGGCAUUGGCCAGCCCCUCAUCUAACCAACCCAGAAACCCCCCCUCACCUUGAAGAGCCCCUCUUGUCCUCCUGGGAGUGAACCUCAUCCCACCGCAUGAGCCAGCUAGGAUGGAAAAGAAAUAAACCUGUUUAUUCUGUGUCCAUCACAGCUUCCCCAGCUGUCCCUCAGGACUGCGCUGCGUCGCGUCUCGAUAAGUUGUCCAGUUUCCAAACCGGUAUCUGUGCUCACAUUGACGUCAAAGGAGCAGGCUGGAUGUAUAAAACCCUGUGGUCCUCUCCAGUCGCCGCUCACAGGGACGUUUCAGACCGGAUUCAGUCCUGACAGCUCACCUGCCGACCACAAAGUCCAGCUGCAGCAUCUGGAGAGAAUAAAGACAUGAAGUCAGCCCCCCUGCUCCUGCUCCUCUCCUCGGUCCUCCUCUCAUCACACCUCCGCCCCGCCGCCGGCAGACCGCGCACCUUCCCCGGCUGGCUGGAUGGCAGCGGCCGCCUCCAGCAGACGCAGCAGAUGGACGAGAUGCUCCUCAGAGCGGCCGCCGCAGGAGACAGCAGCGCCUCAGAUCUACUGAGCGACAACAUCCUGAGGUUUCUCCAGAGAAGGAGCCCGGAUCACCUGCACCUGCUCCCGCCGGAGGAAGAUGAGAGCGACGAUGGGGCGGUGAGGACCGCGGCGCAGCUGCUGAAGCGCAGCGAAGAGCCACCGCUGUCCAUCGACCUGACCUUCCACCUGCUGAGGAAUAUGAUCCAGAUGGCCAAGAUGGAGAGCCAGAGAGAGCAGGCGCAGCUCAACCGCAAAGUGCUGGACGAGGUGGGAAAGUAAAUCUUUGUUUGCCUCCUUAAAGCAGCUCAGACCGCUGUAUCAGUAUUUCCAGACCUCUGACAUGAGUUUCUGUUCGUGCGCCUGCCUUCCUCUCCACACCAUUUUACGCACAGAUGGUGCCAUUUUACGCAUCACAGCAACCGCUGGUAAAAUGUAAGUUUUUUUGUGUGUGUGUUAUUUAAAGACAUUGCUGGAAAUCAUGGAGACGGACUUCUCAGACCCCCUCACACCACUGGCCUCACCCCUUCCUCACCUCCAAGCACACAAUCCCCUCAACUCUGGACUUUUGGUGGACUCGCGGCAAAUGGGAAACCGUCGGUCAUCAUGUCAUUUUCACUCCUUUAGUAUAGUUUGACUUAGAAAACAACCUUUCUUUUAAUUUGUGUCAAAAUGCAGUUGUUUUUAAUGGUUUUAUGUGAAUAUAUGUAAAUGUUACCAGAAAGAAAAAGCUAUUUGCAUUACAGUUUGAUUCUUAAUCAGAACUUGAAUGUAAGUAGUGUUACUGUGGCAGAGUCAAACGAACAAAAUUAUGAUUGUAAAUCUUCUGUUAGUUAAGACAGAUACUCCCCAAUGUGCUGAUUGAUUAAAGAAGAAUCAUCUCUGACCUUUAAGCAGUCAAACACCUAAAUCAGUGCAUAAAAGUCAGUACAAAUUAAUCUAAUAGUAAUAGUAAUUAGUAACACUCCCUGAAAUCAGGCAAACUAUUUUUACACAGCACAAAACUUAUCUAACAUGGUCUUCGGUGUCUUCAAAUGUUUCAAGCAUACAUUUAUGUUUCUGGGCUACUUUUUGUUUUAGAAUUAAGAACUCCUCUUCCAGUCUGUCAGUUUAAGUGGACGCUCAAAAGAUCCACUUUUGUCUCUGACACUCAGCUGCAUCACCGUCACCGCAUCUCUUGGUCAAACUUGAUGAAAAGCUCUCUCACCUUCCUUUAUUCUCUUUUCUGUCCCUUUACUUUGGGCGGGAGCACUAUUACCUGUACUGUAUCAACUGUAGCAUGCUAACCUACAAAAAGAAAAGAACAAAAAAAAAGCUUUAUUUCCCUGUAAACAUUCAUGUCUGACACUGAUCACAUUUGUCUUUGUUUUAGCGAAAGAAAAGAAAAGCUUUUUGCCAUUUAUAUUUUGUAAUAAAAAAGUUUGAAGUAAAAA